AAAUGACAGGUGUAGAUUUUUUACAUUCUAUCGUCAACUUUUGAACGUGACAUAUCGGUCCAACUUAGCAAGGAGCUUAACGAAGAUGACUGGACGCGGCAAGGGAGGUAAAGGACUCGGAAAAGGAGGCGCCAAGCGGCAUCGCAAGGUUCUUCGUGAUAACAUCCAGGGCAUCACCAAGCCGGCCAUUCGUCGUCUGGCCCGUCGUGGCGGUGUGAAGCGCAUCUCCGGUCUGAUCUACGAGGAAACUCGCGGUGUGCUGAAGGUGUUUCUGGAAAACGUGAUCCGUGAUGCGGUCACUUACACCGAGCACGCCAAGCGGAAGACCGUCACGGCCAUGGACGUCGUGUACGCCCUGAAGCGCCAGGGACGCACGCUGUACGGUUUCGGAGGAUAAGCGGAAGUCUCGCUCAACAACAUUGAAAUUAAACGGCCCUUUUCAGG